AUGGCAGAUGGGCGGAAACGGCGCCGGCGCCCUGAGGAUGAAGGUUGCCUGCGGAGCGAGCGACGCCCACGGCGUCUGUUGAGCGGCGGCUGGGCGGGGCGGCGCGAUUCCCGAGCCCAGGCGGUGGAGGUGCGGUCACCGGCCCGGGUCGACAAUGGCCGGGAGUUGGCGCAUGGCUGGAAACUGCUUUUUCUACCUCUUCAGGAGAAGCUUAGAGAUCUGGUGAUGGCUGUCAAGCAGCCCCUUCCUGAUAGACUCCAGGUCUUGGUUUCCUUUGAGGAUGUGGCUUUGCUCCUUUCCCAGGAUGAGUGGGGAUGCCUGGGCCCUGCUCAGAGAGGCCUCUACAGGGAUGUGAUGCUGGAGACCUAUGGAAACCUAGUCUCCCUAGGUUAUGAUUCUAGGAUUGAAAAACAGGAAUUGACUCCAAAGCAAGAAAUUCCUGAAGGAAUAGAAUCCCAGAGCGCAAAAUCAGAAGAUCAUGUAAGGAUUGUUUCUAAGGAAACUGAAGAGAUGAGCAGAAGUGGGGGACAGUUAGAGAAUUGCCAAAGGGGAUUUGCAGCAGGAGGACUCAGGACACACUGCUCCCAGAAGAUCAACCUUAGAUCAGGCCCCAUGGCCCAUUUAGACAGCCCCACAGGGAAGAGCAGACACACACUAGUACCACUGGUACUCAGUGUUCCCCAGACUCAGACCCUGCUGCACAUCACAGAGUUUCUAGAGAUGGGGGUCUCUGUCAGAGUGUGUUGUGGAUUAAGAACUCUCAGCAUAGGGAAGACCUCAUUUACCCCUUAUGUCCCUAUGUGGGAAAAAGAGUCUGUCACCAGAGGAUUCACACUGGAGAGAAACCUUACAAAUCAUUGUAAAAUUCACACUGGAGAAAAACCCUAUGAGUGUAAUGAAUGUGGGAAAGCUUUUAGCACACGUCCAUCUUACAUCCAACAUCUAAAAAUUCAUACUGGAGAGAAACCUCAUGAGUGUAAUCAGUUUGGGAAAGACUUUAGUCAUUGCUCUAAUCUGAUUCACCACCAGAGAAUUCACAGUGGAGAGAAACCUCACCAGUGUAAGGAAUGUGGGAAGGCCUUCAGCAGACAGUCACACCUUGUUCAGCACCAGAGAGUUCAUUCUGGAGAGAAGCCUUAUGAUUGCAGUGAGUGUGGCAAAGCCUUCAGUACACGCUUACCUCUCAUUCGGCAUCAGAGGAUUCAUAUGGGAGAGAAGCCCUAUGAAUGUAAUGAAUGUGGAAAAUCCUUUAGCCUGAACAGAACACUUACUGUUCAUCAGAGCAUUCACACUGGAGAGAAACCCUGUAAGUGCAAUGAGUGUGGGAAAUCCUUCAGUCAGCACUCACAAGUUACUCAACAUAAAAGAAUUCACACUGGAGAGAAGCCUUACAUCUGCAGUGAAUGUGGAAAACCACUCAGUGCCCGACUGUCCCUUACCCAGCAUCAGAGGAUUCACACUGGGGAGAAACCUAGCUGCAGCAAGUGUGGGAAGGCCUUUAGUCAAAAGGGACAUCUUUUUCAACAUCAGUGCAUUCACACUGGAGAGAAGCCCUAUGAAUGUGAACAGUGUGGAAAAGCUUUCAGUCAGAGUUUUAACCUCAUUCACCAUCAGAGAACACACAAUGGUAAGAAGCCCUACAAGUGUAAUGAAUGUGACAAAGCCUUCAGUAUGCUUUCUUCUCUUGUUCAACAUCAAAGAAGAAUUCACACUGGAGAGAAUCCUUAUGAGUGCAGUGACUGUGGGAAGGCCUUCAAUGUUCACUCUUCUCUCAUUCAGCAUGACAGAAUCCAUACCGGUGAGAAGACUUAUGACUGCACUGAGUAUGGUAAAGCCUUCAGUCAGCAUUCAUAGUUCAUUCAGCAUCAGAGAGUUCACACUGGAGAGAAACCUUACAUGUGCAAUGAGUGUGAGAAAUCCUUCAGUGCUCGCUUAUCCUUCAUGCAACAUAAGAGAAUACACACUGGAGAGAAGCCCUACAAAUGCACUGCAUGUGGAAAAUCCUUCCGACAAAGCUCUUACCUUAUUCGACACCAGAGAAUUCACAGUAUGCGCACGGGCCUGUCCCCAGCGCUCCGCCCCGCCCACCGAGCGCCGGACCCCCAGCGCGUACUGCGGAACCCUGCGUCGUAG